UGACGAUGAUGAAGUAGAGACGCAUAUUCUCUCGGUGUGUAUGAGCGCGUGUGUGUGUCUGUGUGGGGGAAGGAGGAAUCAGUGCAACCUGUCCGGCAGGAAUAACGGCCCCGCGAGCGCUCCGUUUUGUUGCCCUCUGCAGGGGCAGAUUCCUCCCUUAGUCCGGGCAGAGAUAACGGCGCUGGAGUCGGAGCCCCAUGCGGACCGCCGCCUGAAAACAGCCCGCUUUUUAUCAAUGAAGCAGGAGGACACCAUGGCGGAGGGUCCCCGGUGUAAACGGCGAAAACAAGCCAACCCGCGGAGGAAAAACGUGCUGAAUUAUGAAAGCGUGGUGGAGGCUGGCUCUGGCUCUGAAGAUGAAGACAGGCUGCUGGGUUCGGAGGGUGAGGGCAGUCCGCUGGGUGUCCCCAGCCUGGAGGCCUCACCCCGCGUGGCCCACGCCCUGCUUUCUUGCCGUGGAGACGAGGAGGCUGAGAGUCGGGACUUAUGGCGUCACGGGGACCUCAACGGCACAGAGGAGAGGAAGGAUGAAUACAAUCCCCUGAGCCCUGACGUCUCUCUCCACGGAGCUGGAAACGGUACAGUUAAGGGUAUUGAUGCCACUUUGGAGCUGGAGAGCUUCUUCGCUAAGAGGAAACUGGAGGACAGCGAGGGUCACCCGGCCAGCAUCGCCGAGUACCUGCAGCGUGGGGACACGGCCAUCAUCUACCCAGAAGACCCCGAGGAGGGCACCAGGCUGGGCACCCCGGAGGCUAACGGGCAGGAUGACAACGACAAUGAUCUGGCACUGAGGACGGCAGAUGACUUUGCCCAACUGUUGACCUGCCCCUACUGUGACCGAGGCUACAAGCGGCUGACCUCCCUCAAGGAGCACAUCAAGUACCGGCACGAGAAGAACGAGGAGAGCUUCCCCUGCCCGCUCUGCAGCGACACCUUCGCCUACCGCACGCAGCUGGAACGCCAUAUGGCCACCCACAAGCCUGCCAGAGACCAGCCUCAGUUGCUGAACGAAGGGGCUGGCAACCGCAAGUUUAAAUGCACCGAGUGUGGAAAAGCCUUCAAGUACAAGCACCAUCUGAAAGAACAUCUCCGCAUCCACAGCGGUGAGAAGCCAUACGAAUGCUCCAACUGUAAGAAGCGAUUCUCCCACUCUGGUUCCUACAGUUCACACAUCAGCAGCAAGAAGUGCAUUGGCCUCAUCUCUAUAAACGGACGGGUACGCCACGGGGUCAGCUCCAAGGCUGGAUCUUCUCCAAACUCUGCCGCUUCAUCACCAGGCAGCCCAGCACUGGCCCAACUCAGGCACAAACUGGAGAACGGCAGGUCCUUGGGCUUGCAGGAUCCAUCCAUUCACCCUGAUGUAAAGGCUGAGCCCAUGGACUUCAAUGAGUAUCGUCUCCUGUUGGCUUCACAGCCAGAAUUCGGAGGGUCUGGGGCUUUCCUCAAUGGCACUGGUCAUGGAGGGAGCCCCCUUGGGAUGCACAAUUCCUCUCAGAACUCCCUGCAGCACCUUGGUAUGGGACUUGAUGCACAUCAAUUGGGCUACCCAGGCUUGACCAAUAACCUGAGUGAGGUUCACAGAGUCUUGCAGAUUGUGGACAACACUGUGUGCCGUCAGAAGAUGGAUGGUAACCCUGAAGAGAUCUCCAAGUUGAGGGCCUACAUGAAGGAGCUGGGCUCCCAAAUGGAGGAGCAGAAGCUGGCCCUUGCCUCUCAGCCUGGGUUCCAUGGGAUUGGGCACAACAGUCCAACCAAAAGCAUCAUUGACUACACACUAGAGAAGGUCAACGAGGCCAAAGCAUGCCUGCAGAGCCUAAAUGAAGAUUCUAAGAGGCGGAUUGUUGACAUUAAGAAAGAGCGGCCCAGUCAUAUUAUGGAUCUUGAACCUGAGGAGAAGACUCAGGAAAGGGAUGGUCAGUAUGUGCCGUUCUCUUGCCAGUACUGCAAGGAGACCUUCCCUGGCCCGAUUCCCUUGCACCAGCAUGAACGCUACCUUUGCAAGAUGAACGAAGAGAUCAAGGCAGUCCUGAAACCUAAUGAAACCUUACCAGCCAGUCGUAGAGGGAUGUUUGGCACAGAGCAGCAGGCUGUUAUGGUAUCCUCGUCUGUUCCAGAUAGGAAUGCAACUAGCCCAGUAAACCCCUUCAAAGAUCACAUGUUGGUACUGAAAGAUUGCUUUGCCAUGAAUAAUGACCCCAACUCAGAGGAACUGAGGAAGAUCUCCAUGGCUGUAGGUCUGUCUCAAGAAUUUGUAAAGGAGUUGUUUGCACAGUGGAGGGCUCAGUCUCUCUAUGGCAUGUCCAGGAAAAGAUCUCCACCACCAGAAAGGAAUAGUGGGGACAUCAACCACAGCUUUGUGAGGGAAUCGGCACUUGCUAGGUCGCCUGCUUCCAUCGGCCAGUACAGUGACUCCACAGCAGAGCUCCACGGUGCCACCAAUGGUGACGCAGGGCACCGUCUCUCCAAACACCAUCAGUUUACAGGCAUCAAGCAGACCAAUGAAAAGCCACUUGACUCCGUGGACCACUUGAGAGGUGAAACACCCUCUCCUUUAAAUCUUUCUUCUACAUCAUCAAAACACUCUCACAGCAGCUCGUACACCCCCAACAGCCUCGCCUCCGAGGACGCUCAUGGGGAACCUCUGGACUUGUCUUUGCCAAAACAUUUCUCCAAAGCAGAAAAGAGGUCCAAGCCAAACGGUUUCAACAUAGACCGUAAUGGUGACCCUGCGGUAAGGGAACAGGGAACAGAACCUCUGGACUUAGCACACAUUAAAAAGGAGUUUAAUGGGUCCAACAGCAUGGGCAAUGAAAGCCAGAUGGACAAAAGCUCUAGCCCUAUCUUUGGUAUAAACCCUUUCAGUGGUGGUCCUAUGUACACCUCACUACCCACUCACGGGGCAUUCCCGCCACCUACGUUCAUGUCCCCAGCACAAGCCAGCAUCCCAGGACUGAGGCCUUACCCAGGACUUGAUCCCAUGAGCUUUCUUCCACAUAUGGCUUACACGUACGCAGCUGGGGCAGCCACAUUUGCUGAAAUGCAGCAGCGACGGAAAUACCAACGGAAACCAAGCUUCCAGGGGGACCUACUGGACAGCACAGGGGACUAUCUGUCAGGGCUGGAGGACCUGACAGACAGUGAAUCGCUGCUUGCCCGGAAGAAGAUUAAGAAGACUGAAAGUGGUAUGUACGCGUGUGACUUGUGCGACAAAACAUUCCAGAAGACCAGUUCCCUCCUAAGACACAAAUAUGAGCACACAGGAAAGAGGCCUCACCAGUGCCAGAUCUGCAAAAAGGCCUUCAAACACAAGCACCAUCUCAUCGAGCACUCACGCCUGCACUCGGGUGAGAAGCCGUACCAGUGUGACAAAUGCGGCAAGCGCUUCUCCCACUCGGGCUCGUACUCACAGCACAUGAACCACCGCUACUCGUACUGCAAGCGGGAAGCUGAGGAGCGUGAAGCUGCCAAACAGGAAGGGCACGACGCCGGCACUGGCCCGCUGGAACCUACGGAGCUGCUGAUGCGCCGGGCCUACCUGAAAGGCCUGGGGCCCCUGGGCUUCUCGGACCCAGAGGACCAGAGCGAGGACGUGACCCGGGCGGGGAACGUCAUCCUUAGGGACGGCACAGAGGGAGUCUCCAGGGAGGUGGAGAAAACGUACCAGGAAGUGACUGACAGGCAAGGGUUGGGAUUUAGGGUGGAUGAGGAAAUGGAAGAGGCAGCGUUGGAGGAGGAAGAGGAGGAGCGAAAGAGGUUGGAAGGUGGGCGGAGCCCAGAUGGGACUGUGAAAGGAGAGAAAGAGAAUGGAGCAUUGGGAGGGAUGGAGGAUGAAAGCUUGGAGGAGAGGAAACCGGCGGCGGAGCAAGGCAAGACCUUGGAUCGGGAGGGCGAGAAUGAGGAUGCCGAUUAACUACUACUGCGUUUUGGAUUAAGCUUCCAGCGUUCUUUUCAGCAUUUUUUUGUUGUUGUUUGUUUUCUUUAAUGUCAUUUUGGUCUUCUGCUCGUAUUGUUUCCUGUUUCCUUUCCCACUGAGGGACUUUGAGCCAGAUUCACUUUUGUGACCACACUGCUGCCGUGUCUCGGCCGUCCAGCUCAGGGUCCUGGGCCAUUCGCUUGGAGACGCGAGACCGACGCAGACGUGUUGACUGCGGUCCAAAACAAAUGAACAAACAAACAAACAAACAAACAAACACAGGCAUCGAGCUGGAUGAGACUGUUCACAUUAUGCAAAAAAAAAACAAGACAAAACACAAAAGUGAUAACGAUGUUCGUUAGAAAAAAAAGAAAGGAAACUGAAAAGGUUUCCUCAAGUGUACAGAGUGGAGCGUGAAGGCUGUGUGGUGCUUAUUUCCGUAACCCCUGUGUUUUUAUUGUGGUCACAGCACAAGCCUGGGAAUUGCACUCCGAUAAAUACUACAUUAAAUAUUAAUUAAGAGGAAUUUAAAAAAGUACUUUUUAAAGAGAGAAAAAAGUAAGCAUCGCCUAUAUGUACUUAAGUACUGCGCUUGAAGCCGCAGUAACGUGUCAGUGUUACAUUUUUUUGUCACUUACUGUGAUAUUCCUUGGUUUGUACCUUUUCUUUCCUGACCAGCCACUUGUUUAUCUCAGAUUUCGGUAUAGCUUUUUUAUGAAGCGUGCAUCUUUAUUAAAACAAUACCUGUAUGGUUCUUAAACAUACAUACAAAAGUCUUAAAAAAGUUGGACUAAAGUGUUUAGGGGGUGGGGCAGGGUCCUGUUAGGUUGGGUGUGAGUGUUAGAGAAUGAGGGAUUAAAGAGAACAUAAUAAAUAAAAAGAUGAAGGCUCCAUUCUGAGAGACUUCGUCAAGCACCCCUGUAUGUUUCUUUCUUUUUCGUUAGAGAAAAGCCUUAUAUGCAAACCCUUUUCACCUGUGUUUCUGCAAGUGCCAUCCUUGUACAGCGUCAAAGCGGAGUCGACUCAUGUUCUCUUUGCACCUGCUUUAGUAUUAAAUGAAAAAAAUAAUCCACUUCGAUGUUUGAAUUACCUUCGUCAGUAUUAGUAUAGCUAGACUUCAUAGUUUACAUAUUGUUUGUGCAAUUUUCUGUAUUUUUAUUUUGUUUCGUUUUUGUUUAAGACCAUCUGUCAGUAUUACCUUGGUUUCUGUUUCUGUUUUUUUUUUGUUCAGUACAAAAAAUUCAAUUAUUUUUAUUUUAAACUACCAUUUUAUUUAUGUGACUCAUUUUAUAUUUCCUAAUUAUAUUUAUUUCAUACUGUAGUGUACAGUAUUAUAGUUCCUCGAUAUAGAUAUAUUUUAGUAAAAAUGGAUCCUGACAAGUGAAUAUUGGAGCAAAUUUUACAUUAAGAGAGCAUUUAUUGUAUCUGGAACGAUUGCUGUUAAUUGUUCUAUUUACUUAAUGUACCUGAUGAAGGAGAUUCUGCAAUUUGGGAACUUUUGAUACGAUAUUGUGAAAACACUGUAUUUUUGACUGAGAAGAACAAAAAAAUUCCACUUUAUUCAUUUUUCUUCAUUUUGUUUUUUUUUCUCUUCUUUUUAACUAAAGAGAUGAAGGCUGACUGUGGUUAAUGGGAUUCUUGAAAUGUCUGUUAAAAUAUAAUUUAAUUUUUUUUUUCUUUUUGAUUUGUAUUUUUUUCUUGGAAAUGACCUUGCUCGAAUAAAUGUAGCCCAAUUUAAUUUUGAA